AAAAAUGAAAUCAUUAGCACGUUAUUUAGGUGAUCCGAAUCCAGAUUAGGUGUCCCGGUAUUUUCGCUAUAAUGUUUUCAUUCUUGUGUCUGGGUCAUAAUAGUGCCUUAUUAUAAGUAUUAUAACUGCGAGUGCAGAGUAUUGUGGUUAGAAUAACAUCUUAUCAUUUUUAGAUCAUUUAUUAAUUAAAUCAAUUGAAUUUAUUAAAUUAGAUAAAGUUUGCAUUUUAGUUCCAAGAUUUUAUUUAUGUAAAAAUGAAUCAAGCCAAAAUCUUGAAUCUUGUUGCAAAAUUAAAACAUACUAACAAUAUCAAACCACGAAAACUGAAAAAUUAUCGAGGCCCUGAAGGAAGAAUAGUAAUGCUACAAAAAAGUUUAACUGCAUUAUUAAAAUAUGAAAGAAUUGAAUUAAACUUUAAUCGAGCAGAUGAAACAAGAGCAUAUGUUGAAAUAUUUAUGUCGCAAAUUGCUAAACAGGGAAGCCAAAAUCAAAAGUCAAUUGAUAUGGCCAAUUUCUGGAUUUUAGAAAAUCAGAUUAUUUAUAAACUUUUCAAUGUUCUGUUACCUCGAUUCAGUAAUGAUGUAUCUUACACUAAUUUAUAUAAUCAUCCCAAUGUAUACCCUGGACUUUUACGACCAAAAGCUAUUUUAGAACUUAAAAACAAUUCGUUUCCCAAAGUAUCUUCUUCUAUAAAAAAUCAAUCAUCAGUGGAGAAUAUUUUACUGAAAGAAUCACACAAAAGACAUUUCAUCGACGUAAUAACGCAAUAGUCAUAAAAUAUAGUACUAAAUAAUUACUUAUAUUCUUGUGUGAAAUAAAUUGUUAAUUAGUUUACCAUAUAUACGUAUUGAACAAUAUAUAAUAAUUCAAUAAUUCUCAUA